AUGGAAUCUUUGUUAGGUUCGCCCGCAGAAGCUUUACGAUUUUAUGCCGAUAUUGGUUAUCCUAUACCGGCUUACACUAAUUCGGCUGAUUUCUUCAUUCAAACAUUAGCAAUUGUUCCGGGCGAUGAGAUAAAAUGUAUUAAACGUGCUAAUCGAAUUAUUAAUGAGUUUAUGAAAUCUAAAUAUAAAUUAAGAAUGCGUGAAUAUUUACAACUUAGCAAUAAACAUUUUCAUUCACAACUUAUCGAACAUUCUCGAGCAUCCAUUCCAACUCUUAUUUAUGCCUUAUUUAUAAGAUCAUUUAAGCAAAAUCUAAGAAAUCCAACAUUUUUAUGGGCAAAACUUAUCCAGAAAAUUGUUAUGGGAACAUUUUUGGGUACAUUAUAUUUACGAACUAAAAUGAAUCAGGAUGGUAUUAUUAAUAUUAAAGGAGCUUUAUUUUAUUACACCUCCGAGUUAACAUAUUCAACCGUAUUCGGUAUUCAAACAUUCUUACCAUCUGAUUUUCCGUUAUUAGUACGAGAAUAUCAUGAUGGCAUAUAUCCUGUUAUAUGUUAUUACUUAUCAUUGAUAAUGUCAUAUUUACCAAUUUUUACGAUCGAUGGUAUGUGUAUGGUAUGUAUUAGUUACUAUCUGAUCGGUCUUUAUCCAACAUCUACAACAUUUCUGACAACUUUACUUAUUUGCAUAUUAAUUGAAUGGUCUGCUCUUAGUGUUGGCAUUAUGUUAAGUUCGAUUUCUCCAUCAUAUGCAAUAGCUAUAUCGAUAUCGGGGCCUUUACUAACCGUGUUUUCGAUUACCGGUGGUCUUUAUAGCAAUAUAAUAACGAUCAGUAAAUCGAUACGAUGGAUUCAGUUUCGUUUUGGCUAUGAAUCAUUGAUAAUAAACGAAUUUUCUCAUUACGACAAUAUUAGUUGUUUAUUAUCAAGUGGACAGCAUGCAGCAAUUUGUGAAGAUAGCGGAAAAUCGGUAAUUAAUAACUUAAGUUUUGAAGAAAGUAAUAUGUAUAUGAAUAUGGCCGUUAUGCUAAUUUAUAUUUUAUGUGUUUUCAUUAUUGGUUAUAGUGGCCUUGUAUUACGUGUACAGCUUGCUCGUUAA